AUGAAAACAGCCACCGUCGACGGUGACGACGAGAGACGCACGAUGGCACUGUCUUGCUCCCCCCGGCCGCUGCUGCAGGAGCUGCCCAUGAUGUCUGCCGCCGACCACGCAAAGAGGAAGUUCGAGGGCGGGCCCGAGACGGAGAUACCAAAGCGCGUCAAGACCGGCCCGUUUGUGAUGGACGACGACGAUGACGACGACGAUGAUGAUGUGGUAGUGAGCGACAAUGGCAUAUUUCAGAGUCAUCCUCGUCCUGAUACAUCUUUGCACAGAUUGGAUAACGAAAAGGCUGGACUUGAAGAGGCCGACAGCUUGUGGCAGCGAAAAGCUAUAGUCUCCCAAGAAACCCCUACCAGACCACAAGUUACAGCCGAGCAGUAUACAUCCGUCUCGAUCAAGACCUGCUCCGGGAAGGUCAAAUAUAUACGACAACGGGUGAAGAAAGACCACGUUCCCUACGAGAAGUUGAUUGCAGAAAGAUCAGUUACCGCUGCCGGCAAGGCAACUCGAAGUUAUUACGGGAUUGAUAUACACCAGCUUAUGGACGAGGCGAAACGGUUGGAGCCAUCUGCACCGGCUGCCGUCCCCUCUGUUGAAGCCCAGGGCUCUGUACCGGGUACUGCAAAGCCUGCUCACCGGCUGUGGACGGAGAAAUACCGAGCUAGGAGCUUCAAGGACUUGAUUGGCGACGACCGGACACACCGCACUGUGUUACGUUGGCUAAAGGCGUGGGAUCCAAUAGUCUUCCCGGGCCUGGCAAAGCCGAAAUUGAAGAAGGACAACUUCUCUAAUGACGCCGAGGAACGAGCACAUCGCAAAGUCCUACUGCUUACUGGACCACCAGGUCUCGGCAAGACAACCUUGGCUCAUAUCUGUGCAAAACAAGUCGGAUAUGAGGUUCUUGAAAUCAAUGCAAGUGAUGAACGAAGCCGCACCGUGGUGACGGGAAGGAUUAAAGAUGCUGUCGGAACUGAGAAUGUUAGAGGCGUUACCAUUGUCGAAGAUGGCAAAGUUAUCAGGAAACCGGGCAAGCCUGUCUGUGUUAUCAUCGAUGAAGUCGACGGUGUCGUUGGCGGUUCUGGUGGGGGAGGUGAAGGUGGCUUCAUGAAAGCACUCAUCGAUCUAGUACAACUAGAUCAAAGGAACUCCUCUAGAUCAAAAACAGACGGACAAGGCACGGGUCGGAAGGGUAAAAAGAAAGGAGAUAACUUCCGACUCCUUCGUCCGCUUAUCCUGAUAUGCAAUGAUGUCUACCACCCCAGCCUUCGACCCUUACGCCAAGCUUCCAUUGCGGAAAUCAUCCACGUUCGCCGUGUGCCUUUUGACCAGGUGGUCCAGCGCGUGAAAAACAUAUUCGAAAAGGAAGGUAUUCAAUGCGACGCUGAUGGAGCCAGGAAGUUAUGCGAAACCACCUGGGGGGUGAGCGGCACCAGAAACCAGGCCCUUAGUCGUGGCACUGGCGAAGGUGAUAUCAGAGGCAUCCUGGUGGAAGCAGAGUGGGUGGCACACAAACUUCGCUAUGACGGCCUCACCUCUUCGUCCAGGUUGACGAAGCUGUGGCUGGAGCGGCAUAUUCUUCACAACCAGCAAGGGAGCGGGUUAUCCCGUGGCCUCGGCCGUGGUGGAGCGAAAGAAAUCGUCAGCCGAGUGUUUCUCGAUGGAGCCGGCUUCCCACACGAUCGACAGGACAAGCAAGGGUUCCAAGACCCGUUCUCCAGAGAACAGAGCAAAGCGCCUGUCGGAGUGGCAGAGCUCCGUAAGCGCGCAGCGAUCAGCCGGCUGAGCGAAAUGAUCGAUGCUUCAGGAGAGUAUGAUCGCUGUGUGACUGAAUGUUUCCUCACGUACCCUACCCAGACCUUCCAGGAUGACACCCUUCUCUCAAAACCAAAUGCCGCAUAUGACUGGCUGUGUUUCCAUGACCAGAUAUCCUCGAAGGUCUUUUCAAACCAAGAUUGGGAACUGAACCCCUACCUUAGCCAAGCAACAAUUGCUUUCCAUCAUCUCUUUGCGUCGUCACACAAGUCUGAGGAUGGGUCAAAGAUGGACAUUGAUGGUGACGGGGAAGAAGAGCAUCCCUUUGCUGGCCCACGAGCAGACUUCGCCGCUUUUGAAGCUGAGAAGCAAAACCGCGCUAUCUUGGUUGAAUUCCAGUCUUCCCUGUCUGCUCCCUUGAAUCGGACAUUCCACUCCGCUGAAACCGUUGUCACAGAGCUGGUGCCGAGCCUUACUCGCAUGUUGGCACCAGACAUAAGACCAACGCUUAUAGGGAACUCCGGCGGUAAGGGGGCUGUUGCGAGCGUACGCAAGGAUAGCGAGCGGGCCUUGCUUAAAGCGGCAGUAGGCAUAAUGCAUGGGCUAGGCGUGACUUUUGAGAAGACCAAACUUGAGACUGAGGCCGGUGGAUAUGGAGGCUACAUCUACAGGAUGGAACCGUCCCUUGAUUCUCUCAACAGUUUCUCCAAAGUCAAAGGCACCGCUCUAGCAUCGGGCAGUAUAUCCGCACCCGUUCGAUACGCAGUUCGCCAAGCACUUGACCAGGAGUAUCGCAAGAGCUUGAUCAAACGGCAAUCAGAAGCCCAGAACCCCCACUACGGGGGCCCCGGCUCAUCAAAAGGAGGCAAUGGCAACGACAAUGCAGAUGAUAAUGAAGAUAGUAGCAAACAGGCCAAGUCCGGUCGAUCUAUAGGGCCCAAGCGAGACUUCUUCGGGAGAGUUAUCCAGGAGAAGCCACAGGGUAACAACUCUCUGGGCGCGGGCCCGGGGUCGGGCAAGGGAGCCGGGCCCGGCUACGACGCAAGUAAGAAGGCCAAGAAAGUAUGGGUCAGUUACCAUGAGGGUUUCUCAAACGCCGUGAGGAAGAAGAUCACAAUGACGGAGUUGCUAUCCGGGCUGUAA